AUGCUUUCCCCAAASCAAACCCRUUUUCCUUCCUCUUCCCAGCUGGAUUUCUGGAUYAACCCCUCAGCCUCUGCUGUCCCUGUGGAUGUGAGAAUUCCUGCUGCCAGUGUYCAGUCAGUCAAAGCCUUCCUGGAAUCCCAGGGGAUUGAAUAUUCCAUCCUGAUUGAAGACCUGCAGGAUGUCCUGGAUAAAGAAAAGGAAGAUAUGGCCGARAGUGCCCAAAGGCAGCGCAGCAGCGGCUUUGACUUUGGCACUUACCACACUCUGGAUGAUAUUAAUGAAGAACUGGACCAUCUUGCAGCUGAGUACAGCUUUGUGGAAAAGAUCCAGAUCGGCGAAUCCUACGAAAAGCGGCCUCUGUACGUCCUGAAGUUCAGCACUGGAGGAASCAAGCGCCCCGCGAUCUGGCUGGACGCCGGAAUCCAUUCCCGCGAGUGGGUCACSCAGGCCAGCGCCCUGUGGAUCGCCAACAAGAUUGCCUCUGACUAUGGAACAGAUGCUUCCAUCACCUCCCUGCUGGACAAGAUGGAUCUUUUCCUGCUGCCGGUCGCCAACCCCGACGGAUUUGUGUACACUCACACCUCGAACCGCAUGUGGAGGAAGACGCGCUCCAAGAUUCCYGGCAGCGUCUGCGUCGGAGUCGAUCCCAACAGGAACUGGGAUGCUGGRUUUGGAGGUCCUGGUGCCAGUAACAAACCCUGCUCUGACUCCUACCACGGGCCCAGCGCCAACUCUGAGGUGGAAGUGAAAUCUGUGGUGGAUUUUAUCAAAAAUCAUGGGAACUUCAAGGCUUUCCUCACCCUGCACAGUUACUCACAGCUCCUGAUGUAUCCCUACGGCUACAAAUGCACCAGGCCAGACGACUACGCCGAGCUGGAAUCUCUGGGCAGAGCUGCUGCCAGUUCCAUCCGCUCCCUCUACGGCACCACCUUCCAAGUGGGCACCAUCUGCAAGACCAUCUACCAAGCCAGUGGAGGCAGCAUUGACUGGAGCUAUGACAAYGGCAUCAAAUAUUCCUUYGCCUUCGAGCUGCGYGACACGGGGCGCUACGGCUUCCUGCUGCCYGCCAACCAAAUCAUCCCAGCGGCCAAGGAAACCUGGCUGGGCCUGAAGAAAAUCAUGGAGCACGUGAGGGACAAGUCUUACUGAGAGCUGGGCUGGGAUUCGGCCGUCUGGAGCACAAGGUUGUAAAUCCUUGGUGUGGUGUGAUGGCUGAAAUGAUGAAAAGGGCUGAAUAAACCCCCUGUGCAUUCUC